AGAAAGGGGGAAAGAGAGACCUGCUGCCAAUAACUAACUAGAACCAGUCUUACAUUAACCACUCACUCCUUCUCUUUCCUUUGGGGAGUGAGAGAGGACAGUGGAUUGAACAUUGAGGCCAGAUUUUACAGUGUGUGGUAAUCUAUAAGGGUGGGAGGAGUGUGAUUUCUUCCUUCGCACUCCUGUUCUUCUGGUUUUAGCCUUUUUAAAACAGUAUUACUUUACUCUCAUGCUUACCCUGCAGAGGGAGGGCUGAAACACAUGGGGGGAAGGGAGUGGCACACAAAAAAAGGACACUGAACAGGAUAGCAGUCAAAGGUACUUGUUGAAACCAGUAGAGAAAGGUAGACUACACGCUGAGGAAGGCCUCUAACCACCAGUGAUGUGCUGCUGCCACUUCCUCUGGCCUGGAUUCUCUUGGGUGUCUCUUUGAUUCACUGUGGGAAUUAUGUCCAGCUUCAUGUACUACCUUCUCCCUGCAUUAGGGGGCUACACCCUCACAUCCCUCUACCUGCUGAAGAAUCCCUACAUUCUGCACAAGAAAAAGCAGCCAGCCUUCCGCUGCACCCACAUCUCACACAGGGGAGGAUCUGGUGAGAGAAUUGAGAGCACCAUAGAGGCAUUUACACAUGCAGUGGAGGUGGGUACAGAGAUGCUGGAGUUGGACUGUCACAUGACCCGAGACGGUCAACUGAUUGUAUCACAUGACGAGAACCUCCUGCGCCAGACUGGGCAUGACGUCAGCAUCUCCUCUCUAAAUUACGAGGAGCUGCCACUUUACAAAGAAAGACUGGAGGUCACCUUCUAUGCAGGUCACUACAGCACAGGCUCAGACAGAAAAUUUGCCCUGUUGGAGGACGUUUUCCACAAGUUUCCAAAGAUUCCUAUCAACAUCGAGGUGAAAGAGAAGAACAGAGAGCUAAUUGAGAAGGUUAGUGAUCUAGUGAAGAAGUAUGACAGAGAAGACAUCACUGUUUGGGCAUCUGUGGAUUCAUCUAUCAUGAAAGAGUGUCGCAAAGUGAACUCCACUAUGCCGUACAUGUUCACUGAAAUGCGUGGGCUGCAGCUGCUGCUGCUGUACUACACGGGCUUGCUGCCAUUCGUCCCACUUGGAGAGAGCUUCCUGCAGUACUACCUGCCUCAGGUCAUCAACAGGACAUACAUACCAGAUUCUGCUAUUCUGAAGAACAAAAUGGCCAUCUCACUAAUAGAAAAGCUGACUUUGAGGAAAGGCUUGUUUCAGCACCUGAAAGACAGAGGAAUUCAGAUUCACCUGUUUGUAUGUAAUGAAGAUCAGGACAUUGAGGCCGCUUUGGCAGCAGGAGCAACUGGAGUCAUGACUGACUAUCCUACUUUGUUGUCAAACUACCUUAGAAGGCGUAAUCAGAGCACAUGAAUGGUGUGAUGUCAUGCACAUAACACUCAUGACCAAUGACUGUUUUAUUAAUGCCAUAUUAUUUACACAAACACUCUGCAAAAAUGAUGUCAUCAUAUUUUCAGGUUGCCAUGGACUCUCUGGAGUCUGUUACUGCAGAUGUGUGGGUGGGGGUUUUCUUCGAUUUUAAUAUCAAAACUUUGAUAUCAGAAGGAAUGUUGGAACAUGCUUUUCAAUAACAUUUUUUUUUUCUUCCAAAUUCUGGUCAAAUAGUGCACCUCUUCACAUUCUUUAACAAAGAAAUUACGAAAUUUCAUCUCUGAUCAUGAGAAGAGAUAGAGAUGUUGCUGGGCAUUCUAAUAUGGACUUAUAAUAUGUGAUCAGUGACUGUUCCAUUCAUUACACAUUAUUUAGACAUCACAUACAAUUACAGUUAAAUAUUAACUGUAAAAGAUUAGUGAAACUUUAGUAAAAAAAAAUGGGCUCUCAGGAGCUCAGUGUGGAACCAUGAUAGGAUGCCACCUGUGCAACAAUUUCAGUCGUGAAAAUGAUUUCCUCACUACUAAAUGUUCCACAGCCAACUGUCAGUGAUAUUAUAACAAAGUAAAAGUGAUUGAGACUGGAUCUUGUGCCACAAGAUCUCACAGGAAUAAAACAGCACAAUAAGACUUGUUUACAGGUAACCAAAACAAAUGUUUAAUUGGGCUGCAAACAGUACUUUAACACAUUGUUCAGUGUUUCGUUAAUCGUAACACAUUUCCACCUUAAAAGUCUAAACUGCAGAGCAAUGCAGAAUUGAUCACAAACAAACGUGAAGGUAACUCAUUGAUACAACAAAGAACUAUAAACCAUAAGGAUUCGGUCAUGGGUUGCCAUGUCUGUAUAGAAACCUGAAGGGGGAUAGUUGAACACAGAACCCUCACUAGAGGGAUUGUGACAAUAGUUCGAAGGUCUUAAAAGAAUCAUGUGAGAUCAUACAGGAAAAAAGUUGUUGGGUUUAGGGUAAAACCAGCUGCAUUAGGGUACUGCAUACUGUUCCGUAUUUUACUGCAUAUGAUUUAUCAUACAUAAUUCAGAAUCAGUUUAAAAACUGAUCCAUUGCAAGAUGAUUUUCUGCAAAAUAUAAAAAAAAAACUUUUAAAUUAAAAAAAUAUAUAAAGUAUUGUUAAAUCUUGUCUCAUCUUGUUCUCAAACAGUUCGUCUGUUUAAAUUAUGUAGUAAAUUAAAAAUCGACAAAAAUGCAAAUACUUGUUUUCAUUAAAUAGCGACAAUAUAGUAGAACAUAGUCAAUAUAUUGUCCAAAAAACUAUAUAUUUAUGUUGGGCCUAAAAUAUGUAUAACAUUUCUUUCACAGUUCAUGGAUUAUAUUGCCCUGUUUUUUUCUUUGGAAUCGAAAAGGUUUCUACCUGGUUUGUGAUUGUCAUGUCGCUGCACACCAAUACAUUGCGAUUCAAUCAAAUGGUUUUAAUAAGAAGAAGAAAAAUAGGUAUAUUGAUAAAAUAAUAUAAUAUCUUGCUUUGUUUAAAUAAAUUAGCCUCUGACUGUUAUAACAUUUUAAUAAGUUUAAGGAAACAUUAAUCCUGAAUCAUGGACAAGGGUUGCCUUAAUCUAUGAGGCAAAUUUAAGCAUCUAUCAAAAAUUUACAUUGGAAAUUGAAGAUUAAUCUGGGUCAGAGAAAACAGCCCAAUUGGUAUCUUCGUUAAUUAUCAGUAAAAUUCUGGAUACAUGGUAGAGGUGGGCGGAUCGAUCCAGAUAUCGAAAAUAUCGAUACCAACGCUGGUAUUGAUAUUGAACAAUACUCGUGCAAAAAGAUCUUGUUUUUCCUAAGAACAAAAAAAUUACUUAAAAUAUAAUAAAAGUACAUUAAUAUUAUUCUUUUAUCAAAUUUGUGAAAGUAAACUUUGAUCAUACUUCCUAAAAAGUACAGUUUAGUGUAUUACAAAAUAGACUACUAUAAAGUACACAUUUAGUUAAUGUAAUUUAAUAUACUUCUAAAGUACUUUUUUACAAAUAUAAUUUUAUAAUUUUUUUGCAAAGUGUGUUAAAAACAACUGUUACUGUAGUUCUAUCCUAGAUCUUUUGGAUCCUUUGAAUCUAUAAAGCUUAGCUUAAAUAUAAAAAAGUAUCGGUAUCGAUAUCAGCAGCACUGGCCCUGUAUUUAUUUGGUAUCGGAUCAAUACCAAAAUUCCUGGUAUCGCCCACCUCUAGUAUAUGGCCACCAUUCCCAACCCCACCCAUAUAGGCAAGUCGGGUUUAAUGCUGUAUUGAGCAGUGGAGUAGUAGAACAGGAUAAUAAAGCUCCAUUCAAUUCUACAGGGAUGAGUUGGAAGGACAGUUGAUUCCAAACCAAUCUUUAAUCAUCAGAAGCUGACAUCACUGAUUAUCCAACAUCUGUUGUAGAGCAUUUCCAGCAGAGAAGAGACUUACAGAAAUAAAGAAAUAGAUAGAACAGAUGUCUACCAGUGUUUUCAUAUUCUGGUCAUGUAUUGCACCUGCACUGUUGUGACAUACAGUACCUUUGUCAGCUCAUGAAGAACUGGAUUAUCUGCUGAUCAGGUGCAGGGAAAACAUUAGUGGGCGUCCAGGACUGCAGCCAGGAUGAAAUAACAGGUUCUACUGCCAACAAUUCAACCAUGAUGGCAAGUGUCAUUCCUUUAUUACCCAAUUCUCAUAAUACAUGGAGUACAUAGUCCAGUGUGGCCUAGCCUUCAAAACAAAGUCAACAUGCAUAAACAUUCCAGUAUAAUCUGUCCAAUCAAAUGCAAAAAAAACUGAGAUGCAUUUUUUUUUUUACAACCCAGUCUGUUGUUGGGCUGUAAAAUAAAAUGAAAGUGGGCUGUCGCAGACACUCUGGCAGACCAAGCACCUGAUUAUGAAGAUUACAAACAACUUUCAUAAUCAUGAACCACCAGUUUGUUUUUACUUUAAAAAAUGUGAAAUAAGCAGCGCAGAUUGAAAUUCUAUUUCAAGGGUGACUAUACGUUAUUUAAUUGCCGUCUAACUAUGACGAGUGCAAAUGACAGCAAAUGUUGUUUUCCACAAAUCUUUUCAUUAAGAUAAAUAAUAAAGAAAAAUAAAAACACUCCUGUUAAUGCAACACAAAAAAGCAUUAUUAUACUUUUUAUUUGUACUGUGGUUCUGCAGACAAUUGUGAUCUAUUAUUUAUCAACCUUACAUAAGAAAAAUAGGACCUAUGUGAGAGGGUUUGUUCACUGUUUGCAUUUUACUGCUUUAUAGUACAUCAGUGGGGACUAUGUGACUCAAGGUGGAACAAAUGAAAAGAAACCCCCAGUUUUCUGCAUUCUGGUUUAUUUUCCUGUUUGUAUUGAUGUGAACAAGCAUACAAAUAAUGUCAGCCAAACCACAAUUAACAAUUAUAAUAUAAAUAUAAUAUAAAAUUCAUAAUAACAGAAGAACUUUCUGUUUUAGUUGUUGUUGUCGUAUUGAUUCUACUUAAAGACUUAAUUAAAUAUAUAGGAAAGCUCA